GGUGUAGCUGAGAAUCCCAUGGUGAAGUCUGUUCUUGAUAAAACCAAACAUUCAGUGGAGACCAUGAUCACAACACUGGAUCCUGGCAUGGUUCCAUAUAUCAAAACUGGGGGAGAACUGGACAUAGUGGUUACUUCUAAUAAGGAGGUGAAAGUUGCAGCAAUUCGAGAUGCCUUUCAAGAAGUCUUUGGAAUGGCUGUUGUUACUGGAGAGGCUGCACAAUCCAACAUCGCUCCUCAGCCUGUGGGCUAUGCUGCAGGUUUAAAAGGAGCCCAAGAAAGGAUAGACAGCUUGCGUCGGACAGGAGUAAUACAUGAAAAACAGCCUGCUGUAUCAGUAGAAAACUUCAUUGAGGAACUGCUUCCUGACAAGUGGUUUGACAUUGGAUGUCUGAUUAUUGAGGAUCCAAUUCAUGGAAUUCAUCUGGAAGCUUUUACCCAGGCAACACCAGUGCCUUUGCAAUAUGUUACACAGGCUAAGAGUCUCACUCCUCAGGAUUACAGUCUGAGAUGGUCAGGCCUGUUGGUGACCGUGGGCGAAGUGCUUGAGAAGAGUGUACUGAACGUCAACAGGACUGACUGGCACAUGGUAUUCACUGGCAUGUCCCGUCGACAGAUGAUCUACAGUGCAGCCAAGGAAAAACAGUUACCACCCAGGACGGUUUGA